AUGAAGGUUGAAGAGCUUCGAAAACAUUUAAAGAAAAAUCGAUUGUCAACUGUUGGCAAGAAAUCGAUUCUUCAAGAAAGAUUGGCUGAGUUUAUUGAAUCGCAGAAAGAUGUUUUGAAUGAGCCAAUUGUUGAGGAAAUGCCUGAAGAUGAGGCAUUACAGAAUACAACUGUUCCUAUAAAUGGACCAGAAACUGGCAAAUCAAUUCAUGAAAGUACACCGACCAUCGCUGUGAAUAUUGUUCUUGACGAGGAAAAAAAGAAUAAAAUUUUGAACGAAUAUGAUAUUAACGUUCACGAUUUUGAGGUCCCAAAUCGUUCCCACCGCUCUACUAAGCGGCAAUCUUUACGAACGAGCGCGAAAAAAGGAAAAGAGCCGAUUAAAGAAAUGGAAGAAAAGGAAAAUCGAGGCGAAACGCCGUCGAGGCAGAUUUCGGUGCCGAAAACACCGUCAAAAAUUACCGAGCGGUUUGCCGCCAUUCAUAACGGACAAAUUAAUAAAAUGGAAACACUUCGCGAAUAUAAGGACCGUUUGAAGAAACGUCACAAUGAACUCACUGGGAAUGUGCCAAAUUCCAUUAAACGUUUGGCGACGCCGAAAAGUGUAAAAACUUCGAAACGCACGCCGUGGAAAGUUGAAGAUCCGGCGAAGAUGGAUUUCAAAUUUGGAGAUGUCGACACCAGCGAGUUUUUGCUAGUCGCCAGCAAGAAAACGACGCCUGUGGCAAUUAAAAACGCAUCUCCGAGAAAAUUGCGACGGCGACCGCAGACAGACGUUAAAACGAUUACUAAGUCGAGGAUUCCGCGAAACGCCACUAUGAAAGUGAUUCCAACAACUGUACCCGAUGAGACCACUUUUGUGAAUUAUUUGGCGACGCCGAAGAAUUCUACGCCGAGUAGAGUUCCAUGCCGCCAACAAUUUACACCGCACACCGGAAAAUUUGUGUUCGUCGAUACGACGAAGCUUUCCGAUCGUGAGUUCCAACUUGCGCUUGAGGAUGGACUUAUUCCUGGAAAAUUGGCGAAGGAAAAGAAGUGA